AUGAUAGCAGUGAAAUCAUCUACAUCAUCACUUGUUGUUGGAAUCGUUGUGGUUGGUGGACGUGUCGGAGAAGACGUUUCUGCUAGAGUCGUUUGGGUCGUUAGUAAACCAGUUGUCGUGGUUGGAGGAGGGUUUAGGACCGGAAAGUACGUCUGCCAAUGUUUCUAUCGCAUGUUGGACCUCUCUGACCCACUUUUUCCAGGCACGAACCUGUAA